AUGUACGCCUCUAUUCUUCUGACCUCUCUGCUCGCCGCCGGCGGUGCCCACGCUGCCGUGGCGCAGGGCUCAUGGGGCGUUCGCGCAGACUACUCCCGCUGCGACGCCGCAACCCCCCUAGAAGUCGUCCUCGACGGCGCCCAAAGCAGCUCCUCCCCCUCGGCCAACAUCACAGACUUCUCCAUCGCCUCCCCCUUCUCCGGCUCCCUCGUCAUCAAGGUCGCCGGCGCCGUCGGCUACGGCAGCCCGUACCCGCCCCAACAGGUCGGCGUCGAGGUCUUCGCCGCCGCGACGGCGGGCGACCCGGGCGUGUGGGCGAACGCGACCGUGACGCCCGGCGUCGGGCAGCCUGCUUCCGUGGCGCAGAUUGCGUGGAACACGAGGAGCGAUGUGGCUGUUGCGCCCAAGGAGGGUGAGACGGUUUCGCUGGAGACGAUCUUUGAUGGUGGGAGCUUGGUUGUUUAUUACUGCGGUCUUCCUGAGGCUGGUGGACCUGUUGCAUGA